CAGAUAUUCCAAGAUGUGGCUACUGCUCAUCGUGAUGGCUGUGCAAGGAACGGUGAGUCCAGAAGAAGCCAAAAGCAGAACAGAAAUGAAUCCUGAACAGUUUAUGAAUGUGAGUGAGAUAAUUCAGUACUGGGGCUAUCCUUCUGAAGAAUAUGAAGUGCUAACAUUUGAUGGUUAUUACCUGAGUCUAAACAGAAUUCCGGGAGGUAAACGAGAUGAAAUGGGAAUAUAUGGAUCAAAGGCUGCUGUAUUGAUGAUACAUGCCCUGAUUAAAGAGGGUAGUAAUUGGGUGGAAAACCUGCCCCAUAAUAGCCUGGGCUUCAUCUUAGCUGAUGCAGGGUAUGAUGUAUGGAUUGGCAAUCACAGAGGGAAUUCAUGGUCUAGAAGACACGAACACUUUUCAAUUGACCAACAAGAAUUUUGGGAUUUUAGUUUUCAUGAAAUGGGCAUCUAUGACCUUUCAGCCUUCAUAGACUUUAUUCUGCAGAAAACUGGACAGAAAGACAUCUAUUAUGUUGCCCAUGCUGAGGGAAGCACCAUAGCCUUGUUUGCAUUUUCUGUCCUGCCGCAACUUGCUUCAAAAGUUAAGAUGCUUUUUGCCUUGGGACCUGUAUAUACACAUCAAUAUAGUACAGCUCCGCUAUUGCAGCUGCUACGUUUACCUGAUAUAUUUCUGAAGAUUAUAUUUGGUACAAAAGAAUUAUCUUUGCUGAAUCCAAGACUGAGAGCAUUUGUGGCUCGAAUAUGCAGCUGGAAACUGAUAGAUGUACUCUGCAAGCAAGCUCUUUUUCUUAAUAGUGGAUUCAACCAAAAAAAUCUGAAUACGAGCCGGGUUGAUGUGUAUACAUCACGAUUUCCAGACUAUACUUCUGUGAAGGAAAUACUCCACUGGGGCCAGUUAGUUAAAACGGGAGAAACAAGGUACUUUGACUAUGGCUCAGAGAACAUAAAGAAAUACAACCAGACCAUUCCUCCCAUGUAUAGAAUAGAAGAAAUCACAGUCCCAGUAGCAAUGUGGACUGGAGGUCAGGACUGGGAUACCCCGCCAAAGGAAGCAGAACGGUUAAGAUCUCGACUGAAAAAUGUAAUUCAUUAUAAAUAUUUGUCUGACUGGAACCAUUGGGAUUUCCUUUGGGGCCUUGAUGCUCCUCAGCGAAUGUACUCAGAGAUUCUGGGUUUGAUGGAGAACAACUGAAAUAGUUUGAGACAGAAGACUUGGUUUUGUUGUUGGGUCUCCUGUUUACUUCAA